UCUUUUAAAUGAAAAAAACAAAACUUAAACACAUCAAUCAUUUAAAUGAAAAAACAAAACUUAAACACAUCAAUCAUUUAAAUCCAAAGGAAGUACAAUGAAUGUAGUCAAAAAAGAAAAAAUCGAACCGGGGUUAAACUAAACCAGGCCAGACCGACUUUAAACCGAAAUAAAGAAAUGAGCACACGUAACAUGAGGCACAAGUAAGCACAUGCUUGCUUCACAACAACCAGCUGUUCACAUAUUAAACAACACAAGAGUCGCAAGCGGCGAACUAAACUACAAGUGUACUAAGACUACCCUCCCUUGUAUAAAACCCUCCCAACACAUACGCUCCCAAUGAAUGAAUUCAAUUCUCAAUCUUACCGACAAAAGCAUGGACCGUUCCACUUUCAUCUUAUCUAUAUUACUCACACUCACCGCUACGACAACGACCUUCUUCUCUCCGGUUUACGCCGGAACUUUCGACAUGGAGUUUGAUAUCACUUGGGGUGAUGGUCGUGGGAAAGUCCUCAACAACGGAGAGCUUCUCACUCUUUCUCUCGAUAGAGCCUCUGGCUCUGGAUUUCAAUCCAAGAAAGAGUAUUUGUUCGGAAAAAUUGAUAUGCAACUCAAACUCGUUCCUGGAAACUCUGCAGGAACCGUCACUGCCUACUACCUGAAGUCGAAAGGUGAUACGUGGGACGAGAUUGAUUUUGAGUUUCUUGGUAAUCUAACUGGUGAUCCAUAUGUGAUGCAUACGAAUGUGUAUAAUCAAGGAAAAGGUGAUAGGGAACAACAGUUCAAUCUCUGGUUCGAUCCAACGGCUGAUUUCCACACUUACUCUGUUCUAUGGAACCCUCAUCACAUCGUUUUCUUGGUUGAUGGAAUUGCGAUAAGACAAUUCAAGAACCUAGAACAUAGGGGGAUUCAGUAUCCGAAGCUGCAGCCAAUGAGGCUCUACUCGAGUCUAUGGAACGCAGACCAGUGGGCUACAAGGGGAGGUCUCGUUAAGACAGACUGGUCCAACGCGCCAUUCACCGCUUCUUAUAGGAACUUUAGAGCGGACGCAUGUGUCUCUUUCGCUGGAAAAUCAUCUUGUCCAGCCAGUUCGCCAAGAUGGUUCACUCAGAAGCUUGAUCUAACGGCGGAAGAUAAGAUGAGAGUGGUGCAGAGUAAGUUCAUGGUUUAUAACUAUUGUACGGAUACCAAGAGGUUUCCUCAAGGAGUUCCGAAGGAGUGUAAUAUUCACUAGCGAGGGAACUUGUGUAGUUAAUUAAGCUUUGGUCCGAAACUCCAAAGCCAGUAAGUAUAUAGGUUCGUUAAAAUUAUGUAUGUAAUGUUGGUGUGUAUUUGGGGUAUAUGUCAAACAAACUCCUCUGUUUCUAUGUACAUACUCAUAAUAAAAUGGGUAUGAAUUAUGAUAAAAUAAUAUAUGCAUCAUAUCGGCUUUAUAGCACAGCGACAGCAUUAUCAAAA